UAGCAGUGACAGCAUGAGGUGCAGUGCUUAAAAUCACGGAAGUUUAAAAUACUGCAUGCAGUUUUAAGUGAAAAUAAGUACUGAAGUGAAGACUGUGUAAUACUGUGGAUGCAAAAGUAAUAACUAACUGAUUUUUUUAUAUAUGUGCGUCUUCCUUAACAUGAAAAAAAACGGAGUUGGUCUCACUCGGUAAAUUGAAUAUCUGAGUACAGAGAAUGUAAACCCAGAGAUGACAAAUAUUCUUUGGAUAAUUUUAUUAUCUGUGGAGAGAGGAAACUAAGAUGAUGAUAAGACAAUCACUAAAAAUACAGAAUAUAUCUAAGGCUUACGUCACUGUGAGGUCUGCAACAAGGAGUUACUGCAAGUCGGUCAAGAGAAAAACAAUCUUUGCUUUGUCGUCUGGGCAUGGAAAAUGUGGGGUCUCGGUAAUCCGUGUGAGUGGGCCUGAUAGUAGGACAGUCUUGUGCAGCCUUACAAGACUGAAACAGCUUCCCCGUGCGAGAUCUGCUGUACUCCAGAAAAUCUUCCAUCCCAGCUCUGGUGAAAUGCUGGACAGAGGACUAAUUUUGUGGUUUCCAGGACCCAACAGUUUCACAGGAGAAGACUGCUGUGAGUUUCACGUACAUGGAGGCCCUGCAGUAGUCAGUGGGGUCCUGGAAGCAAUAGGAAGCUUACCUGAUCUGAGUCCAUCAGAAGCAGGGGAAUUUACCAAGCGAGCCUUCCAAAAUGGGAAACUGGAUCUUACAGAGGUUGAGGGCCUGGGCGAUCUUAUUCAUGCGGAGACAGAGGCACAAAGAAGACAGGCACUCCAGCAGAUGGCAGGGGAUUUGAAGCAGCUGUACCAGGGCUGGAGUACUCGACUCACCAAGAGUCUUGCGUAUAUUGAAGCGUAUAUAGACUUCAGUGAGGAUGACAACAUAGAGGAAGGAGUACUAGAUGAAGCUGACAGCAUAGUGAAGGCCCUACAGGCGGAGCUGAGUGCCCAUUUGUGUGAUAGCCGCCGUGGAGAAAGGCUGCGGAGUGGGAUCCACAUUGUGAUUGGUGGGGCAACCAAUGCUGGCAAGAGCAGCCUGCUGAACAUGAUUUCACAGAAACCUGCAGCAAUUGUUUCUCCAAUUGCUGGGACAACACGAGAUGUAGUGGAAACAGCCUUGAAUAUAGGAGGGUAUCCUGUCCUUCUGAGUGACACCGCAGGUCUACGUGAGUCAGAAGAUCCCAUUGAGCAAGAGGGGAUGAUCCGUGCACGAUCAAAGCUGCAAGAGGCAGAUAUUGUGGUCGCGGUGAUUGAUUCAAGGGAAGUCUCCCAAGACUUAUCUGGCAUUUGUGACUUCCUCCAGAAGUACUUAAAACAAGUGAUUAAUGUGGACUGUGACGAAAAUCAGCCUGGCAGAAGGAGGUGUUUCAUCCUGGUCCUAAACAAAACAGAUCUUCUUGAGGAAGAAAUUCAGGAAGGCCUUAAUAGAGUGAUUUGUCAGCAGGAGUUGCCUUCUGUUUGCCUGCUUUCUUGUAAAACAGGACAAGGGUUUCAAGAGUUUCUACAGAUGUUGCAGCACCGCAUUACACAGCUGUGUGGUGAUCCCUUGAUGGGUUCUCCGAGUCUCACCCAGGCCCGGCAUCGGUUACACCUGCAGAACUGUGAGAAGGCCUUGGAGCAGUAUCAUCAUUACAGAGCAGUGGACCUGGUUGUAGCAGCCGAGCAGCUCCGCUUGGCUCUGCAACAUCUUGGAAGAAUUACUGGAAAAGUUGGAGCAGAAGAAAUACUUAAUAUUAUAUUUCGUGACUUCUGUAUAGGAAAAUAGUGUGUUUGUGGACUUAACACUCUGGAACCUUCCAUCAUGGUCUGGAGAUAUCUGCCUGACUUUAUUGGUCAGCCUUUAGAGGCAAUUUUAUUUCUAAUUUGUUCGGCUGAGUUCAGUCAUUCAAGAGAUCCUUUCUUUAUUAAUUUCCCAUUUGUAACAAACUGAGAUCCACUUUCCAGUGGUUGAACUUGCGAUUUAAAAAACCUAGGGUCAAGAUAACUUUGAGGCAUACAUACAUAUUCCAAAUAAAAAGGUUGCACCAGC